AAAUUUUUUCCACUAUCAAAACUCAAAAUCUGACAUUCUACUAUAGUAUUUUGAUGAAAACUUCAGAACAAAGCUGGCUACUCACAUUCCAACAUAAAGUCAUACUGUUCUCCACGGCUUUUUAAAAUGGAAGAAAUAUAAAUUUAUUGAAUUUAGAUAUGUCAGACAUAGCUGCUGAAUUCAUUGCAUACUUUAAAAAUUUGCCUAAAAUUAGUGGUCUAUGCCGUGUGUAUGAAAGAAAUGAUAAAUAUUGUUGUUAUGGCGAGGAUGCUAAAUUAGUAACAAAAGUAUUGACGACUGCGCAGUUAAAGUCUUUAGGAUCUGAUGGAGAUUCGUUAAACUAUGUGAGCAUAACAAAAGGUCAUCUCAUUCAAGCAUUGCGUUAUUUACUAUUUGUUGCUCAGUAUAAAGUAGAAAUUUUAAGAAAUGUAGGAUCUGUUAGGUAUCCUGACUGGACUAUUGCAGGCAAGGCAUCCCCUGGAAAUCUGGCGGCUGUUGAAGACUUUCUCUUCUCUGAUGACAAUUCAUAUGUCUUGACACAGCGAGGCUUAAUAUCUGUUAAAUUUGCAAUAGAAGGUUGUGAAAUGAUUCUUGGAGUUGCAUAUUGUGAUGCUUUGCUUCGAGAAUUUCAGAUAUGUCAGUUUUCAGAUAAUCCUCAGUUAACUACAUUUCAGUCAGUUCUUGCUCAGCUGAGUCCUCAAGAGUGCCUUUUACCUAGUGCAUCUAAAUCUAAACAAAAAGAAGGUUCUUCAAAAUUCAAUACUAUCAUAGAAACUCUCAAAUCCCACAACAUAGCUGUUGCUGAAUCUGGUGAUUUUAGUGAUCAGUUUAUUGCCCAAGACUUAAACCGCUUAAUUCGGUUUGAAGAAGGCCAGAAUUUUCAAAAUUCAAUGAAAGAUGAGUCUGAAAUGAAGUUAGCUCUUAGUUGUGUGGCUGCUAUAAUAAAAUAUUUACAGCUGCUUUCUGAUGAAAACAACUUUAGCCAGUUUUCUCUCUCAAUAUUUAAAUCAGAAUUAUUUGCCAGAGUGGACCAGUCUUGUGAAAUUGGGCUUGGUUUGUUUCCUGAAGUAAAGUCAGAUUUUCAUAUAAAAACAUACCUAUUUGGCCACCUAAAUUCUUGUUUCACCAGUGCUGGAGAGAGACUCUUGAUUCAGUGGAUUAAACAACCAUUAAUGGAUAUCCGGAAGAUAGAGGAACGUUUGGAUAUAGUAGAAAUAUUUGUAAAGGAUAUUAGUCUCCAAAACAGUGUGUCAAAACUUAUUGAUAAAUUCAUUGAUAUUGAAAUGCUGUGCAGAAAAAUUCAAAGACGAAAAGCUGGUUUACAGGAUUUAUACAAGAUAUAUCAGAUGCUAAUGAAGUUACCAUUGUUAAAGAAGGAACUACUUUCAUACAGAGGAUCACAUAGAGCUGUUUUGGAAGAAAACUUUAUAAAGGAGUUGCAAGAAAGAAUUGAAGAGUGUGACAACUUUACUUCAAUGAUUUCACAAACUAUUGAUUUUGACGCAAUUCAGAAUAGAGAAUUUAUAAUUGUUGCUGAAUAUGAUGAAACUCUUCUGGAUUUGCGGAAGCAAAUGACAAGGCUGAAGAAUUUUAUGGAUUCAAACCUGGAGAAGGUGAAGAAUGAUCUUGGACUUCCUACUGUAAGAUUGGAAUCAUUUGAAAAGUUAGGCUUCACUUUUAGACUUACUUUAAAGGAAGAAUGCCAUUUAAGAAAUAAGAAAGGUUAUAUCACAAUUGAUACACGAUCAUCUGGAGUACGAUUUCAAAGUCCCGAUCUUAGAUCAUAUAAUGAGCAAUACAAUUGUUUAAAAGCAGAUUAUGAAGAAAUACAGAAAAAAAUAGUGUAUCAAAUAGUUGAGGUUACAGCCUCAUAUAUCCAACCAUUAAAACAACUUGGUGCUACGAUUGCAUGGCUUGAUGCAGCUCUAUCUCUAGCCCGUACUGCCACCAAAGCUACUAAAACAUAUGUACGUCCUAAACUCAAAGAAAAGGGAGAAUGCCAUAUUGUUUUAAAGCAAUGUCGCCAUCCUUAUUUAGAAGAUACUCUGCGUAAUUACAUUCCCAACGAUGUAGACAUUACAAAAGAAAAACAUCGAUUCUACUUUGUUACUGGACCAAAUAUGGGUGGUAAAUCAACUUUUAUACGAUCAGUCGCUCUAAAUGUUCUUUUAGCUCAAAUUGGGUCAUUUGUUCCUUGUGAUGAAGCUGAUAUUUCAGUUGUUGAUGGAUUUUUUACUCGAAUCGGUGCCUGUGAUAACCCUUCAAAAGCUAUGUCAACUUUUAUGUAUGAAAUGUUAGAAGUAAAAAAUAUGCUUAGGGGUGCAACAUCUGCUUCAUUGCUGAUUAUCGAUGAAAUGGGCCGUGGCACUUCCACAUUUGAUGGGUUUGGUCUUUCAUGGGCAAUUUCGAAACAAAUCGCACUUGGAAUUAAAGCACCAUGUUUGUUUGCAACCCAUUUUCACGAUUUAACAUCUUUGAGUGAAGCCAUACCGAGUGUUGGAAAUCUUCAUGUUGAUGCAUUAUGUUCAUCAGGCAAUGUUACGUUUUUAUACCGUGUGAAACCCGGAGUGUGUAAUGAAAGCUUUGGAAUCCAUGUAGCAAAAUUAGCUGCAUUUCCUGAAAAAGUAAUUGAGUGUUCUGAAAAGAAACUUAAAGAAUUAGAAGAAUUUGAUAUAUCACUUGAAGAGGUUUCUAAGGCAUUCUCACAUGUUGAUCAUGGACAGUCAUUUGUGAAAGUCAUCAAAGAACUUCUUCCAUCAUCAUUAUCAUCUGAAUUAAGAGAAUUGGGAGGCAUUUUUGAUUCAAAGGAAGAAUAUAUGGAUGUUGAUGAAUCGAAUGAUAGUUCAAGUAUUGAUUUAUCAAUUGAAUCUGUCAAUUUGUCCUCUUCUUUAGAGACUUCUAAAAAGUUGGUAAAAAUAUUAGAACAAAUGGAAAAGGAUAUUAACCAUAAUUAACUUUGUGUUAUUUUCAUAGAUCUUUAUAAUAUUCUUGCUAACUAUUUUUGGCCAUAAACAUUCCCUUUUUGCAUUUUGAAGUUCUUUUAUUUUUAUGUGAUUCACGUGUAAAUGUCAUAUAUCGCAAAUGUAAAAGCUAUUUGAACAAAAACUUGUACUUCCAGAAAAGGAUUUCUCUCAGGUUUAAAAUAAAUCAACUUUAAUGUGUGUUGCAAUUCA